GUCCUUCAAUGAAUGUAGUCGCUCCUCCAUGCAGGUGUGUGUGCUGGGCUGCAGCUUCAUGCCUCCAUCUAGUGGACUGAUAGUAGAAGUCCAGCAGCUGAUGGCAGCUUCCUCUGCCUCACGCUGCUGUCUGACUGCAUUCAGCUGCCACUGAUAUGAAACAGAAACUAGCAGCCAAUCAGUGGAGGAGCAGCUGAUCUUUUUCCAGGAGGAAUGAUGGAAAGGAGGAUUUGAGUUGAUGUGCAGAUGAAUGAUUUGUGUUUCCUCUCCAGGUGAAAGUGGAUGUGAGUUGAGCAGCAUGAGUCAGUGUGAGGACAGAGAGGAGGGAGUCCCUCCCUCUAAAAGCACUCUGUGUGGGGAACAUGACAGCCAGACCAAAGCUCAGAGCCCAGUGCUGCAGAGACCAAACUUCUCUGGACCUGGACCUGGACCCAGCUGUGUCUCCUUCAAGAGUGACCAGUCAAUGGUUGAUAUCAUUGAUUUUAAGAGAGGACAUGUGUCUGACAGACAGACAACUUAUGAAGGACCAGACUCUGCUGGACCUGGACCUGAGCCCAGCUGUGUCUCCUUCAAGAGUGACCGGUUAAUGGGAGGCUUCAAUGAUUUUAAAGGAGGACAAUGCUCUGCUGCAAAGAGAUGGAAGCUGGAAACACUAGAACCCAGCUGUGUGUCAAUGAAGAGUGACAACUCUAUGGAACCUCCUAUAUGCUUCAAAGAUGGACGUCACUCUAUUGAUCCAAGAGUCGACCAGGAGAGCUCAGAGGUUCCCAGUGGUAUCUCUGCCCAGCAGCAUCAAACACACCUGGACUCCAUAUUUAUGCUGCUGGAGGAGAACAUUGUCACUUUUGUGAAGAACGAACUGAAGAAGUUCCAAAAGGUUCUGAGUUCAGAUUACCCAGAAUUCUUAGAGAGUCAGAUGGAGGAUGAGAACGUGUUGGACGGUGAGGAGAAAGAGCAGAGGAGGAGCAGCAAAGAGGCUUUUCUGAAGAUCACACUGCACUUCCUGAGGAGAAUGAAGCAGGAGAAGCUGGCUGAGCGUCUGCAGAGCGGUAAGAGUAUUUCUCUAAAUAUUUUACAUGCUGAAUAA